UGCACAUCAGCCAUCAUUACAAGAACACUUCGAUACCAUAAAGGUAACGUCCGUGUUGUAGAAUGUCUGAGCAAGGAGAGACAUCAAUCGAGCCCGCCUUUUUGGACAUGCCCACACCAACGCCACCACCACCGUACGAUGAAGAGGGGCAGCAGCAGCCGCCGCCCCCGUACUCCCAAGACUCGCCCGAAGACCCUGAGGCCAAAGGUGAUGCGGCGGAAUGCGAGUCUUCCCCCGAUACAAAACCGGAUUCUACGCCGGAAGCGGUUCCGCUUUACGAGUCAUCUGCUUUCCAGGACAAGGCAGUGAGGAGGGCGUUUGUUCGGAAGGUGUUCAGCAUCCUGACCCUUCAGCUGGUGUUCACCUUCACUGUAGUGUCUGUGUUCACCUUCUCCGAUGUGGUCAAGAAAGCGGUCCAGUAUAACUUUUAUGCCUAUAUCAGCUCCUUCUGCAUCUUUGCUGUGGUCGCCAUCGCCCUCAGCUGUUGCCAGUCCCUCAGUCGUCGUCACCCCUGGAACAUCGUGAGCCUGGUCAUUGUCACUAUCAGCCUUUCAUAUGUGGUGGGCACCAUGGCCUCCUACCACGACACCAGAGCUGUGAUCAUCACUAUGGCGUCGACCUUGGCCAUUUCCUUUACCAUCAUCGCUUUCUCUGCACAGACGCGCUACGAUCUGAGCAUUUGCCACGGCCUCCUGUUGGUUCUGGCGGUGGACUUGUUGAUGUUUGGCGUGUUCAGCACCUUCUACUACUCGUACAUUGCUGAAGUCUGCUAUGGAUCUUUGGGCGCUCUGGUCUAUGCUUUGUUCCUGAUGUUUGACUGUCAGCUGAUGAUGGGACUGAUGGGCCACCGCUUGGAUCCUGAGGAGUAUGUCACCGCCGCUUUGAUGAUCUACCUGGACAUUAUGCUCAUCUUCAUUUACCUGCUAGGGAGGCGGUGAAAGACUCAAGACUCCAAUCUUAGCGAAGUGUCCUUUAUUCUUCUCUCUGUUUGAAAGUUGAUGAUUAGCAAUGCUCUUUUUACACGCUUCUUUUGAAAUCUCAUUGCAUUACACAACAAGGCAUUAAGGCUAUGUCCGCACGCAGACUGACGGUUUUUUUUAAACUAUCACGCCACGCCAACAGGUGUCACCAUUGUAGCCAAAAUGAAGCUCAAAGAAAGUCAAUUCCGGAAAAAAGCAACAUGCACUUUUCCAAAUGAGUCAUUGCACUCGGUGACCUAAAAUAUAUUUUUACAGCUUAACAUUACAUACAGUACCUUUAACAUAUGUUUUUAAGAAUAAAUGUUGUGUGAACAUGG